AUGCCCCUCCCUGCUAUCCUAACAUUAGACCCCCAGAGUCCUGUGUUCCCUGGAGAGCACGUCAGUCUGAAGUGUGAAAUAGGGUCCUAUGGUGGUUGGACAUUUAAGUGGCAUGAAGGGUCAGACUCUGGGCCGGUAUAUGAGUCGAUUGGAAACACCUUCACCGUAAGAGCUGCGGAGUCUAAUGAGACCAAGUACUGGUGUCAGGGCGAGAGGACAGACAGACCCACAGCAUCAGAAAGAAGUAAUGAAGUCAAUAUCCAGGUGAUGGCUCUACCUGAAGCUAAGCUAACAGCAGAGCCACACAGUCCUGUGUCCACUGGGACGACGGUCACUCUGAAGUGUGUGAUAGAAUCACCCAGUAACUGGACAUACAAGUGGUACAAGGACAGAAAAAAUCAUCUUGAGAUUGAGGGGGACAACUUCACCAUCACCAGAACUACUGACUCUGAUGAGGGGACAUACUGGUGUCAGGGAGUGAGAGGAGAGAGACCCACAUCAACACAGCUCAGUAAUGCAGUUUCUGUUGGCAAGAAGGGUUCUGAGUCCAGUCCUUUUAUAAUGGGUGUGGCAGUGGCUGGGGGUGUGGUCGGAGGAGUGGUCCUCACUGUCAUCAUUUUAAAAGUUCUAUCAUAUUACUACAGAAGACAGAAAGGUGUGUGUGCAGGGGAUGAUGUGACUUACAUGAGUGCUGUGGUUGGAGGAUCAGUGGUGCUGCCAUCUGGAUAUCAGAGGAGCGAGGUUCAAAUGGCUGAAUGGAAUUUUAAAGAUAUGAAAAUUGUGUCUCUGAAACGGGAUUAUAAAACCCAAUUCAGUGGAAGAUCAGAAAUGAACUCCAGCCAUUUAAGUUUAACCGUGCGCAAACUAACAAAAGCAGAUACAGGACUAUUUACAUUUGUUUGCACAAACAACAAAGGUGAACAGUUGACAACAAAGAAUAUUCAACUAGAAGUUUAUGAUUCCAUUCUGACGGUAAACAUCCAAAAGAAUGUGACUCUUCACCCAUUGAACAACACCUGCACGGUCAGAUUGCUCUGCGAUGCCAGCGGUUCACCAGAUGUGCAGCUUUCAUGGAGUGGGCAUUGCACAGGGAAUGGUGCCAAACAGCACUUCUCUCUAUCACCAGCAGAGGGUAGUGUCACAUGUGCAUGUAAAGCAAGUGUGGGCAGGAAUCAUAAGCUGGUGACUGCAGACAUCAAGUGUGAGAGCAAGACUUCAAAUAAAUCUGUGGAGCCUGAUGUUAUCAACAGGAUUUCAUCUAACGAGUGGUACCUUGUGGUGAUUCCUGCAGCUGGCGGAGUUCUUGUCGGCAUAAUAGUUGGUGUUUGCUCUUACAAGGGACACAAUGGUUUGUAA